UACCCAUCUAGAACUAUUCCCAUCACUGAUACCGGUAGUUGAGCUCCAUUACACUUUUCCGCAUAUAAAAACGGAGUAUAAUCUUAAAGGGACCCUUGCAAGGAGCGACCUAACCUUUUAAACCCUUUGAACCCUACCUAGUACCUAGUACCUAGCACAUCUCACAUAUCACCUGCAUCAUCAUGCCCACUUCCCCCGCAACUAGUCCAGUUCCUCCACCUGUGUUCAUGCCUCAACUCUCCAGCACGUCGCCAGUUCCAGCUCCAACUCCAACUCCAACUCCUACACCAAUGCCUCCUUUGAAAGAGAACUCGGCGUCGCAGCCUACUAAAGAUGAUAGGUCUAUUGAAACUACCAAAUUUGAUCUACCCAAGCUACGUCUCGAGGUACGGGAUCUUAAUCAUGCAGGGUCGCAGACGUUCUUGACCGCCGUUCUAGCCAACGAAGCCCUCAAAACCGCAGCUCGAAGCGUUCUCACCCUACUUUAUGAAUCUCCCCAUUGUCGCACCACUACUAUUCCGACAACUCGUUCGGUGACCCUCAUCCUUCGUUCUAUGGAAGGUGUAGCAUAUACAACAGGUACCGACCUCGACGAUGACCACAAAGAAAUACAUUUCUCCCUAGAUUACAUACACCGUGCUAUUGCAUCAGAGCGAAAGAAGCAUGAAAUAAUGGGCGUGUUGACUCACGAAAUGGUGCAUUGCUACCAAUAUAAUGGAUUCAAUACUUGCCCUGGUGGCUUGAUUGAAGGAAUUGCAGAUUGGGUUCGGCUGAACGCUGAUUUAAGUCCACCUCAUUGGAAGAAAGAAGCGAGUGGGAAAUGGGAUGCAGGUUACCAACAUACUGGAUACUUUCUUGAUUAUCUAGAAAAGAGAUUCGGUAAAGGCACAGUAAGGAGGGUGAAUGAAAAGUUGAGGAUUGAACGAUACGAAGAGAAACGCUUUUGGACUGAGCUUUGUGGAAGACCGGUAGAGCAGCUCUGGAAAGAUUACUCGAAACAUCUUGAAGCAGAGCAGAGAAAAGCCGAAGAAGAAGAGUGUGUAAUUGUUGAAAAGGAGGAUGCUAUCACACCUAAAAAGCUCGAACCUGGAGAGGAUGAACCAACACCUAUCGUAGCAGCGGAGGAGACGGAAGAUGACUCCAUGAAGUCCGUGAAACCUGAAUAAACAAACGUCAGUUACGCGGUGUACGAUAUCAAUCGCAUAUCAGAAUUUUAGACAUCUAAGCUUCAGAGACUAUGGAUUACCGGCUUUGGAUUUGAACAUUGAAGAGUGUCAGAGGACUUUCAGCCUAAAAAGACUGUUUAAUUGUCCAAUGUCAAUGUUAGGACGGCAGCAGAGAGAACUCCCAGCUGUCAGCUUGGAUUUUGCAAAACGAGCUUGGUAUGUGAUAUGGGUUUAUAGCUUGCGUGCAGAAACAGACACUUGAGUGAUGUUACGAUUCUGUAUAGUGGAAACAAUCACUUUCAAUCGCAUUACCCUCUGUGUUUGGCAUACUUCGGACAAAAGUUUGUUUCCAAAUUUUAGAUAAUCCCAUACAGUUUAGACGAUAGAUUUUGGGUAAAUUUUCGAACACUGGCUAACCCAAGCUAUUAUAGAAUGGGAAAAAUUAGAGGGCUAUUCGUUUACUAUCAUUUAUCACAUCCAAUUUUCUCAUUACCUCCAUCCACUGAUAUGAAACACAUACAAAUCUUAAUAUACUACAUUUCCAUAAUCAAUCUCUUCUCUAUCUUUGAAAUAUCGCCUUGUCUAGGGAGUCU